AUGCUCUUCCAAACAAUUUUGAUCACCCGGGUCAGCAGCCAGCGGCUAAAGAACGAGAAUCCACGAUAUGUGCAGCGGCUGCUGCCGGAGUUGGUCUCAUCCCGCAUUCUGAAGGAUUGUUGGACGCAAUCCAGAGCAUUCCAGAACGAUAUCCAAGCCUCGCAACAGCUACACUUUUCUUCUUCUGCCCUGGAGCCAUUUUUCAACGCGGCUGCAUCCCAGUUUGUCCUCGGCCAGAAUGUGUCACUUCCUCUGUGGAUGUCUCUCCUCCCUGUUGUCCUUGGUGUUUCCCUGGCAUCCGUGACUGAGUUGUCCUUUAACUGGACUGGCUUCCUUACUGCAAUGACCUCUAACAUUGCCUUCACUUACAGAAAUGUUUUUUCCAAGAAAGCAAUGGUUGGAAUGGACAGCACAAAUCUCUACGCUUACAUUUCCAUCCUCUCCCUUCUCUAUUGCAUCCCUCCUGCCAUUCUGAUGGAAGGCCCCAAGCUCCUUGCUGGGGGGUUCACAGAUGCAAUCGCCAAAGUUGGCAUGACCAAAUUUCUGAGUGACCUGUUCUGGGUCGGAGUGUUCUAUCACUUGUACAAUCAGCUUGCAACUAACACCCUUGAGCGUGUCUCACCACUUACCCAUGCUGUGGGAAUGUCCUCAAGCGUGUCUUUGUUAUAG